GAUCCGCCCUCUUCUCUGACGAGGCCGCCGCUCCGGAAAUACUCUCCGGUAAACCCUAAUUUCCCAACAGAAGCCCCGGCAAGCAAGAAGCCACAAGAAUCCGCCAUGGCCGGAGGGAAGAUACGCAAACAAAGCCACCGUGGCUCCGCCGCCGGCGCAAACCCUCAUUUUCAGGGGGGGAUACCGUUCCACAAGUCAAAAGGACAGCACAUACUCAGGAAUCCAUUGUUGGUGGACACGAUUGUCCAGAAAUCUGGAAUCAAGCCAACCGACGUCAUCCUUGAAAUCGGUCCGGGGACUGGGAACUUGACCAAGAAGCUUCUCGAAGCUGGAAAGUCCGUCAUUGCCGUGGAGCUUGACCCUCGUAUGGUCCUCGAGCUGCAGCGGAGAUUUCAAGGAACUGCAUCUAAUAAGCUAAAGAUUAUACAAGGGGAUGUUCUGAAGUGUGAUCUUCCAUACUUCGACAUAUGUGGCGAAUAUUCCGUACCAAAUCUCAUCACCUCUCACCUUCAAACUACUGUCUCAUAGGCCAAUGUUUAGGGCUGCAGUGAUUAUGUUCCAAAGGGAAUUCGCGAUGAGACUUGUCGCUCGGCCCGGUGAUCCUCUGUAUUGCCGCCUCUCUGUCAACACUCAGUUAUUGGCUCGCGUGUCGCAUAUCCUGAAGGUAGGGAGAAACAAUUUCAGGCCACCGCCGAAGGUUGACUCCUCAGUGGUCCGAAUUGAGCCCAUGAAACCAUUCGAACACUUAAACUUCAAGGAGUGGGAUGGUUUGGUCAGGCUCUGCUUCAAUAGGAAGAACAAAACUCUGGGUGCCAUUUUUAAGCACAAGACUCUGCUUUCUAUGCUAGAAAAGAACUACAAAACUCUACAGGCAUUGCAGUUGCCCGCCGAGAAUGGAUCGUCCGUGGAUGAUGACGACGACAAGCACAUGUCCUUGGCUGUAUCCGCCUUGGGAGAUGCACUCGGCGACAUGAACAUGGACAUGGAUGAUGAUGAUGGUGAUGAUGAUGAGGAUGAGAUGGACAUGGAUGAUGGUGGGCAUGCUAAAAAACCAUCAGAAUUCAAACAGAAAGUUUUAGCAGUGUUGAGGGAAGGUCAUUUUGAAGAAAAAAGGGCUUCCAAACUCUCUCAGGAUGAUUUCAUUCGCCUGCUUUCUUUGUUCAACAAAGCUGGCAUUCAUUUCUCCUAGGAAUACUCCUUUCUUGAUUUAUGUAAUUUCAAAGAAUUACUGAGUUUUUUCUUUUGCAAGGUUGAGUCUUUAUUUCUUAGUUUUUGGUUAGCCAGCAUGAUUCUUUCUCUUGUGAGACCAGUGUGGUCUAAGAAUCCAAUUUUGUAAACGGUUUAUGCUGAAACAUUUGUAUUUUU